AUUUUAGGUUAAUGUUUGUGUAAUACAUCAUAUUAUGAUGAUUUAACAAAUAAUAUUGAAUGUUCAAGUAAUUAUAAAAUUAUUUUAUAAUUUAAUAGAAUGUUAUUACACUUGUUAAGAAUGUGCCAAUAGUUCUGAAAAAGAUGCUUGUAUACAAUGUCCAUAAACUAGAAUACCUAGUAAUCCAUCAGCUGGUAAUUUUGAGUGUAUUUGUCAAUUUUCUAAUUAUUUUGAUGACGGAUUUUCUCUAACAUGUUAACUAUUUGAUUUCACUUGUUAAACUUGUAAUGGACCACUUUCAUCUAAUUGUUUAACAUGUGAUAAAUAAUAUAGAUAGCUUGAUUUUUCAACAUGUAUCUGCCCAGAUCAAUUUUAUGAUAUUGGAGAAUUAUAAUGCCAAAGUAUAUUCAUUAAAAAAUAUCAAUAUCAAUAGGUUGUCAUUAUUCUUGUCAAAAAUGUUUCGAUAAUACAGAUAAUGGUUGUAUAGGUUUGUUCUUUGGUACUUAAUUUUAGAGUGUUAAAGGGUAACUUUUGCUAAUGUAUUGAUGGAUAUUAUGAAGAAUCUGGUUUAGCAGAGUGCAAAAGUAAUUAUAUAAAUUAUUAAUUAAUAGAAUGCUCAUAUAAAUGCUAAACAUGUGAAACUAUGGAAGAUAAAUGUUUAACAUGCCCAAUAAAUAGUUGUUUAUGUUCUGUGGAGAAUUAUAUGAUAAAGAAAAUGAAAUAACCUGUUAAAGUAUUUAGUUUAUUGAUAAAAGAAUGCCACUUUAAAUACAAAACUUGUAUGGCUUAUGGGAAAGAUUAAGGUGCUUCUUGGGAUUCAAUUGCAAAUAGAGAACUAAAACUGGAUUAAUGCAAAUGUAAACUCAUUACUUUGAAAUGGAAGUUUAGGAAUGCGCAGGUAAAUUAUUAGAUUUAAGUACAGUUUGUAGUGCCUUCUGUUA